CCCCCCUUGUUUGUGCGCGCUCUCUCCGAAAGAAUAACGCGUGAGUGUAGUCCUUGUGCUUACAAGAAGUGGAAGCGCGCGUGCGCGUAUUAGCGUUUCCUCGCAGUAAGUUGGGGAGCGCGACACAUUUCAGUGUAAAGGAAGGUUUCCUGUCUUUACGAAGUUCAGAAAAAUAACAGUUAACUUUCCAGUCGUAAGUAGCGCAAACAUGUCCGCCCCAUCAGCUAAAGUGAGUAAAAAGGAGCAGAACUCGAACCACGACGGAUCGGACGAGACUUCUGAUAAUCUUUCUCACAAGGGCGAAUCAGCUGGACAAAUCGUCGCGGCAAUACGCUACUUUAUUGUUUUAGGGAGAGGGGACGCAGACCGGGUAUCUUCUUUCUGCACAUUUAAACCACGCGGCCCGAGUAGCAGGAAGCGGCGUCUAUCCUCUCGGACACGAAUUGUAGCUGCUACAGCGUACUUCUAGCUGAGGAGCUGCGUUAUGGAUCACGUAUAUCAGUCCACGCUGCAAAAAAAAGAACAACAGGAAGCUAUUGAACAUAUCGAUGAAGUACAGAAUGAAAUUGACAGACUGAAUGAACAGGCCAGUGAGGAAAUCCUCAAAGUCGAGCAAAAAUAUAACAAGCUUCGCCAGCCAUUCUUUCAGAAGAGGUCAGAGCUCAUUGCCAAAAUCCCCAACUUUUGGGUAACUACAUUUGUGAAUCACCCACAAGUCUCUGCUCUCCUUGGUGAGGAGGACGAAGAAGCACUUCACUAUCUGACCAGAGUGGAAGUAACAGAAUUUGAAGACAUCAAAUCAGGCUACAGAAUAGAUUUUUACUUUGAUGAAAACAUGUAUUUUGACAACAAAGUCCUAUCCAAAGAAAUUCAUCUGAAUGAAAGUGGAGACCCAACUCCAAAGUCAACAGAGAUCAAAUGGAAACCAGGAAAGGACCUUACAAAUCGUUCCAGUCAAACUCAAAGUAAAGCGGGCAAGAAGAGGCAACACGAAGAGCCUGAGAGCUUUUUCACCUGGUUUACUGAUCACUCUGAUUCAGGAGCAGAUGAGUUGGGGGAGGUCAUAAAGGAUGACAUCUGGCCCAAUCCUCUUCAAUAUUACCUUGUCCCAGAUAUGGAAGAUGAGGAAGGAGAGGGAGAAGAUGAAGAUGAGGAAGGUCUAGAAGACAUAGAUGAAGAGGGAGAAGAUGAUGAUGAGGAUGAUGGAGAGGAUGAUGGAGAAGAUGACUAAACAGAAAAGUUGAGCAACUGUCACUGUCUCCUAAAACCCAUCUGCUUUGUUGGUGGUUUUCAGGAGAGAAAUGCUUUUCUUUCUUUUUUUUUUUUUUUUAACAACCCCCUUAUUUUUAUUUUAAUUUUUUGUUGUUGUGCUUCAUCUCCUGUCCUGACAGUGUUGUGUUGAAAUCCGUCGAGGAAGAGGCUUAAUAAAUUGACUGAAAUAUACUGCCACUAUGGCAAUUAAUCUGAAUUCAAGUACAUUUUAAGGAUUACAACAAAAAGCAUAACACACUGUAAUGUAAACAGCACACUGUCUGGAGUAGACUUGCAAAACCUUUUUUUUUUUUAAUAUAAAUAUAUAAUUGUAUAUGCAUUUCAUUCUGUUUGUGUGUUGUAAAGAACAAAUGCCGUGGUGUGUAAUUCCAGCAUCCUUCUUAACAGCUUUAUUGCUCAUGGUGUUAAACUGGUUAGUGAUCUUGGGUUUUUCACCUCGUUUGUGUUUUCAGGAAACAUAAUUCGUCUCCCCUCUGAGCUUUUAAUUGUUUGAGGGCUGACCUUCAGUGAGGGAGGAAAGAGGAAUUUGAAAACCACUUUUUUUUAUUGUUUCACAAAUAUUCAUUUGAUUUGAAAUGCCAUUUUGAUACAAUAAAAUUCUAUAAAAACAAACCAAAAAUAAAAACCUUCCCGUGCCCA